GGCAAGGUGGUAAGCUCUACCUUCACGUAGUGCCCCCAAAGAAGAAGAAUUAAAGACUGCAAAUUUAAAUGAAUUUACAUUUACUUUGAUAAACAUACAAAGUGCAGACCCCAAAUGGAGCAAUGAUAUAAAAACAAGUCGCCGUAACGCUGUCGCUGGUGUGCCGCAUCGCUCACUUGAACCAAAACAUACACAGAAACUAACGACGGACCUGGACAAAAUGUUUGCAACGUUAAAAAACAAAAUUAAGGAGGAAACUGGUGAAGAUGUGUCCACGUCAACAUCUCAGACACAGCAGCGACACACAAACAAUAACAAUAUUAAUAACAAUAAUAACUAUCGCUUGCGUAGCCGUCGUGUGAGCAUUAACUCCAACCUUGCUGAUGAUGUGGGCGGUGGCAAUGUUGUUGGUGGUAUCUACAAUGAGUCUGAACAAGUGUGCCAGCUUCGUAGUCAAUGCAAUGAGCUUUCCUCCAGAGUGUCCAUCCUCAACCAAAGUAUACAGCAACUGCAGGAGGAAAAGACGAGGGUGGAUAAAACAAAUGAAAUCCUAUUGGAGAGCGUGCGAGUGGCUCAGACGCAAAAGGAUAUUUAUUGCGAAGAACAAGAAAAGAUACAAAAUCUGCAGCAAAUUGAAAUUGAUAAGCUGAAAAAUCUGCUUGGAUUUCGAGAACAAGAAGCCGUUGAUCAUAUGAGUUCCAUACGUCAGUAUCAGCAGCAAAUUGAUAACCUUAACCAGGAAAUGGAUCGUUUGCGUACAAUCGAACCCAUAGCUGAGGAUCUUCGUGAUGAACUGGAGCAGCUACGUCACGCAACACAGCAGGAGAAAAAGCAAUUGACCACGACACUGGCUGCCGUACAAGAAGAAAAUCGUAAUAUGAAGAUGCGCUUGAGAAUUGUUGAAGAAUCGCGUUUGGAGACGUUGUCCAAACUGAGUGCAGAUCAGCAAGUGCAGGCACUUGUCCAUGAGCACAAACUGCUGGAGCAACAUUUGGAAGAGGCACAUCUGCAACUGUCCGACAUCAAAAGCUCAUGGAGUGGACAGAACUUUGCACUGGAAAAACAAGUCAGUCGCCUGUCACAACAGGUCGCCGAGGAAACCACCGAAAAACGAAAGGCUCUGAAAUCCCGAGACGAUGCAAUAGAGAGUCGCAAACAAGUUGAAUUUGAGCUAGAGAAAGCCAGCACUGAAAUCAAGCAACGAAACGAAAAGAUUAAAAUAUUGGAAGAUGAAGUCGAUGAGCUGACUGUUGCACUCAAAGAGUGCCGGGAAGAGAAUGAACAGCAAAUAAUCUUUGAGCGCAACAAAUCUGAAACACUGGCUGCCGAAACAAAAGAUCUCAAAAUGCGAAUCGCAACAGCCGACGAAAGAUUCAGCGAAUAUGUUAAAAAUGCAGAACAGAUCGCCCAAAAGCUGCGCACACAAAUUACUGAAAAGCAAGAUCUGUUAAAUGACACCCAAACGAAAUUGGAAGUAGAGCGUGAAGAGAAGCUAACCGCUUUAUUACGCAAUGCGGAAAUCUCACAAAGCGAAGAGAUACUGAAAAAGGAAUUGCGUAUGGAACAAACCGAAUCAAGCGAUCUACACGACAAAAACAAACAACUGGAGAACGAUGUACAAGAGGCCCGUGUGUCACUGAAAUCUCUGAAUGAAGCCGCCGAGCAGAAUGCUAAAGAAUUAGCUAAGUAUGAGCAAGCCCAAAGGGAAAUUAUUGAAAAGAAUAAGACAAUAAAAACGUUAAAUCAACGAUUGGGCGAUCUUAAGAAAACCUUGCAGAAGGAAUUUCGUAGCUCGCAAACAGCAACGAUUGAUGUUGAUACUGAUCAAGUAAUUCCCGCCUUUAGGAUCUCCCACGCGCCGCUUGAAUCCUUUCAGUCGGACAACAAACCCAAUUGCAUUAUUAUGGACGAAGUGAAUUUUAAAUAUUUAAAACAUGUUGUCGUUAAAUUUCUAACAAGCAGAGAGGUGGAAGCCCGACAUCUCGUUAAAGCCGUUUCUACUCUGCUUCAGCUUUCUCAAGAAGAAGAACAACUGUUACAUGAUACAUUAAAUUGGAAAAUGAGUUGGUUUGGAGUGAAACCCAGUUAAAUUUUUGAAACGUCACUGAGAGCUGAAUAAUAAAUCCAUGAAUAGGCAAUUUGCAAUAAUCAAGUACAUUCUUACAUACAUAUGUAUAUACACACACAUUCCUAAAUAUUGACUUUAGUUUUUCCAAUGAAAGUAAUUUGUACUAUGUAUAUAUACAUAUUAUAUUUUCCCGCAGUUUCGGAAACAAUUUGAUUGUGAUGUAAAAGUUUUUCUCUCUUAUCUGGGAUACUUAUACCAAAAACAUAAAG